GAAGCGGAAGUGAUGUGGCCUGCUGUUUGUGCAGGUGAUGGUCGGUCCGGAGUUUAUCUGUCUCCAUCUUUCCUGCUGCCCCCUCCACCCCCUCUCUAGCGCGGUGACGGAGCGCUAGGACCCCGGGCCUCGGUCCAUGGUGAGCGGCGGUCCUCCGGCGGGGAGCCGCGGCCGUUCGGCGGCGGAGUGACACCGGGAGGCUCUCCGGACGCGGCGCCGAGGCCUACCUGUGAUGCUAACGCGUUAGCCGCUAGCGCCGUGACGGAGCUGCAGGUGGAGGCGGUGACUGGCGGCAGUGUGGCGGACAUGUCCAGGUCUGCCGUCCCCCCUCAGAGACGCCAGUCCGAGUCCAGUGUCUGAUGCGGCCCCAGCCCCCCUCAGCCCCCUGAAGCGAGCCCCUGGUCCCGGACCCUCCUGCCGCUGAAGAUGUGGCUCAAGCUCUUCUUCCUGCUGCUGUACUUCGUGGUGCUGUUCGUCCUGGCCCGGCUCUUCGACGCCGUGGUCUGGUACGACACCGGCGUGUUCGCCUCCCAGCUGGUGGACCCGGUCACCCUGAGCUACAAGAAGCUCAAAACCAUCUUGGAGUGUCGAGGGCUGGGGCACUCCGGCCUGGCCGAGAAGAAGGACGUCAGUGAGCUGGUGGAGAAGUCAGGAGAGCUGACCCAGGGCGAGCUCUACUCGGCCAUCAAGAAGGUGAACGAGCAGACCGAGGCGGGAGACUCCAGCACCACGCACUUCAGCGGAGAGAUGCACUUCUACGAGCUGGUGGAGGACACCAAGGACGGCAUCUGGCUGGUGCAGGUAAUCGCCCAGGACCGCCAGGCUCUGCUGGGUCAGUACGACUGGGGGAAGAUGGUGCAGAAAGUGUCUCAGUUUGGGAUCAGGACAGGAACCUUUAACUGCUCCAAUGACUACAGGUCGUGCAUCAGGAGAGGCUGGCAGCGCUCCACGCUCAUCAUGUCCGUCCCUCAGACCUCGUCCUCCAAGGGUAAAGUCAUGCUGAAGGAGUACGACGGCCGGCGCAUCGAGCCGGAGCACAUCUUCCGCUGGAUGACGUCGCACGUGGCCCACCGCGUCAAGACGCUGCGCCACUCCCAGCGGCUGAUGGAGGAGUGGCGUCCGGACCCCGCCCACCCCGUCAAGAUGUUCCUGUUCGCCCGCCUGCCGCAGCCGCCCGCCUUCUUCUCCUCGCUGUCGGUCAAGUUCACCGGCAGGAUCGAGUUCAUCUUCGUGGACGUGCGUCACUGGGACAACCACAGCAGCCUGGCGGAGAUCGGCGUGACGCACAGCCCCGCCUACAUCCUCAAGAUGCCCGAGGGCAUCUAUCGCUAUGGCAACAGCACCGGAGAGUUCCUGUCCCUCGCCGCCAUGGACACCUUCCUGCGGUCCGUCCAGCCGGAGGUCAACGACCUGUUCGUCCUCAGCCUGGUGCUCAUCAACCUGCUGGCCUGGAUGGAUCUGUUCAUCACACAGGGAGCAGCGGUGAAGCGGUUUGUGGUUCUGAUCCGAACACUGGGGACGUAUAACUCCAUCCUGCUGGUGUCCUGGCUGCCUGUGCUGGCUCUGCUUCAGCUGCCCUACCUGGACUCGCUGUACGGCUACAGCCUGAAGCUGCUGCGCUACGCCGACACCACCACGCUGGCCAGCCUGGUGAGAGCCGACUGGACCUUCUACUCCUCGCACCCGGCCCUCUUCCUGUCCACCUACCUGGCCCACGGCCUCCUGGUCGACUACUUUGAGAAGAAGCGGCGCUGCGGCGCCCGCGGCCUGGACGACAGCAGCUCCAACCUGGAGUGGCUGGCCAGCCUGUGGGACUGGUACACGUCCUACCUGCUCCACCCCAUCGCCUCGCUGCAGCAGCUACCGUCGGACCACUCGGACUGGGAGGAGGACCCCAACUUCCUGUUUGAGCGCCUGGCUUUCCCGGACCUGUGGCUCCGCCCCUUAGUAGACGUGGACUACAUAAAGGAGCUUCCUACGUGGAGGCUGCGUCCGGCGCUCCAGGACGAACCCUCUGGACCGGAGGACGGGGACAGCUCGGACUCGGACAGCAGAGGGCGCCGUGCCCCGGGCGCUGGCGGACCCGGCCGCAGGCGCUCGCCCUCGCCCUCCCCCGAAGGCGCGCAGGAGGACCGCCCCGCCCACCAGCCGCACUGCGAUUGGUCGGCGUGGCCCCGCGACAUGCUGCCCUGCUCGGAGUGCGUGGUGUGCCUGGAGAACUUUGCGAGCGAGGAGCUGCUCAUGGGCCUGCCCUGCGGCCACGCCUUCCACCACCAGUGCAUCGUGGUGUGGCUGGCGGCGGGCCGGCACUGCUGCCCCGUGUGCCGCUGGCCCAGCUACAAGAAGAGACCGCACCGAGCGCCGCAGGACCUGUCCAGCUAGGCACUGCGCCGUCCUGCAGACUGUGGAGGGACUGUCGCUGGGAGCUCAGGCUGCUGUUACACCGGACUGGCCCAGUGGGCGGGGCCACACUAAAAUAUGUAGUGCAAUAAAAGUUCUAAUUCUAGUUUGAUUUUCUCUCCAGAGACAUUUUCCUCACACGUCAUGUGACGCUGAACUACAGACACUCGGUGGUGAAGAGGACGUGCAUGCUGUCCACUCCAUUCUGUGUCAUUGAUCAAUACUAGAAGCUGUAUGUGUGUGUGUGUGUGUGUGUGUGUGUGUAUGCGCGCGUGUCUCAUCCAACUGAAGGGUAACUUAGAAAGCUGCUUUUGUAAUCUAACACUUUGAUUUGCAUGAUGUUGGUAAGGAUGUUCUGUCCUGGCUCCUGGCUGCCGUGGUUUCAGCCCGUCUGUCUGGAGACCGUCUGAGCGAGUCGUUUGGAGAGGAGCUGAGUUAGUGAUGUUUUGAAACUGUGCUCACAUCGCGCUUAUUGUUUCAUCACCGUCUCAGAAGGAAGCUACAACACUGUGUGAGGGGAAGGUCUUUCAUAUCGCACAGAUUCAGACUUCAUGACCAAAAGAACUGUUUUUGUCCCAUUUUCACCAAAUAAAAUGUGUCU